AUGUUUUUAAGUAUUCAAUUUAUAAUUUUAUUUUUUGCAUUGAUACAUAUAAAAAAUAUAAUAGCAUUAAAGUUAGAAAUAUUUAAAGGAAGAUUUGGUUCUCCUAAUAGUACAAGUUCUAUGUUCAAUAAAGAUAAUAAAAUAAAAUGUAGAAGAAAAGAAGUGCCUUUAUUAUUUGUUUCAAGUAAUAAAUGUUUAAAGGAUUUAUAUUUGCUUAAGCAUUCUGGAGUCAGUCCAUUUGAAGAGAAGGGUAGUUUUAUAUAUUUAAAAAGAGGAGAGAGAAAUCGUAAAGAUAAAAAUUAUCCAUUCACACUAUUUAUUGAAUAUGGUACAAGUAAAAGUGCAAAUAUAUUAGAAAAGGAUAGUAAUAAAUAUGAGGAGGGUAACCAAAAAUAUACUAAUGUGAUUAUGGAAGGCUGUAAGGAUAUUAUUGAUUGUACAAAAAGUGAGGGCUUACAAAAUUUAAUGAACCAAAAGGUGGUGGAAAAUAAUAAGAUGGAUGAGAAUAUUAAGAUGGAUGAAAAUAAGAAGAUGGAUGAGAAUAUUAAGAUGGAUGAGAAUAUUAAGAUGGAUGAGAAUAUUAAGAUGGAUAAAAAUAUUAAGAUGGAUAAAAAUAUUAAGAUGGAUGAGAAUAUUAAGAUGGAUGAGAAUAUUAAGAUGGAUAAAAAUAUUAAGAUGGAUAAAAAUAUUAAGAUGGAUAAAAAUAUUAAGAUGGAUAAAAAUAUUAAGAUGAAUAAAAAUAUUAAGAUGGAUAAAAAUAUUAAGAUGGAUAAAAAUAUUAAGAUGGAUAAAAAUAUUAAGAUGGAUGAUAAUAUAAUGAUGAGAGAAAAUAAAAAAGUUGAAGGAAAAUCUAGAAAAGGAAAUAAUAUAAGAAAUAAAAGUCUUGUAUUAAAAAGAAUAGGAAACAGAAAAGUUUACAACAAAAAAAGGAAGAGUAUAACUUCACGUGUUGUUGAUAUACAAAAUACGAAUGUGAGAGAUUAUUUGUUUUUACCAUCUCAAGGAAGGUCGUUAAAAUUACUAAACAUUAUUUAUAACUCUUGGAAAGAAAAGAAUUUCGACAAUUUCUUUGAUGUAUUAAAUAGCGAUGAUUUUGAUCACACGUGCAUAGAAAAUUGGCUUCACAAAUUUUCUAUUAGUUUAAGUAAGAAAUAUUUAAAGAUAAAAAUAUGUGGCGAUCAUAUAUUGGUACGUAAUGAAUAUUAUGAGAAAGAAAAUAAGACUUUGAAAGAAUAUAAGAUAACUUAUUCGAUAAUAAAUAAAUGUUUAAAAAUAUUAAUAAAUAAUAUAGAUAAGUUUUGUUCAUAUGAGAUAACAUCUAUAUUAUGGGCUAUAAGUAUUAUAUUAAUAAAAUCUUUUAAAAAUUCCACAUAUAUAGGAAAUAAUAUAAAUGUUGAUAAUGUUAAACAUAAUGAGAUGAUAAUAAAUGUAAUCGAGACAUUUAAUAUAUUUUUAUCCUUAAUUAUAAAUAAUUUGAAUAAAGUAAAAUAUAAUUUAUCUAUUGACGAAUCUUUAUGGGCUGUUUGGAGUAUAUGUAAAUUAUUAUAUUUUAAUAUAUCUUUUGAUAAUUAUUAUAUAAAAUUAAAAAAAAGAAUAUCAAGUAUUUUAAAUAAAGAUAAUAAAAAUGAGUUAAGAGCAUCGAAUGAACUUUUAAAUAAUGUAGAGGAUUCUUUAGUAAUGUAUAAAAACAAUAAUGAGAAUUAUGAUAAAGUAAGAAAUAUAAAGAUGAUAGAUAAAGAAUUUAUGUUAAAAGACAAUAAAAAAGAUGAAGAAAAUAUAUGUUAUGAUAAUAUAUAUAAUAAUAGUUCUUAUACGAAUUAUCAAAUUAGUUAUAUGAUGAAAAAGUUUAAAUUAUCUAGUGACGAUAUUGUAAAUAUAUUAGAUGUUUUUAAUUAUUUAUAUAAGAAAUUAUAUAAAAAUAUAAGUUAUUUGAAAGAAAAAUAUUAUAUAUAUAUUCCAUUUAUUAUAUUCGAAUCACAAACAUUGAUGUUAAAUAAUAGUAUAUUACUUUUAAACAAAAUAUUAUAUUUAAUACUAAAAAAUGAUGUAUUGUUAAGCUUAUUUUCUUUUGAUAAAAUAAAAGAAACCAUUUUACCUCCUGUUACGAAAAAGGUUGAAGACUAUGAAGAAAAAUUAUUACAUUAUAAUAAAAGCAAAGAUAUAUUUAGAAUAAAAACUUUGAGUAAAAUAUAUAAACUUAUAAAAUGUAUAUCAAAAAUAUUUUAUCCUUUAAAAAAUCAAAAUAUUUAUAAUAUACAUUUACAUAAUAAUUACAAAUAUUUAAAUUCAUCAAUUUUAAUAAAGUUUGUGCAAGCAUGUAAUGAUGUUUUGAUAAAAUAUAUUGACUAUUUUGUUUAUAUUAUAUAUGGAUACAAAAAUAUAAAAAGCAAAGACUACUCAUCGAAAUGUAAUACUUAUAAUGAGAAGGAUACAAGUAAAAAUAGUAUGCAUAAUAAUAAUAAUAAUAAUAAUAAUAACAAUUGUGAAGUUAUUAUACAAAAGGAUGAUACCAAAAGGAAUGUUAAGGGAGCGUCUAAUAUAAACGAGAAUGUUUUUAUGAAAGAUAAUAGGAGCAAUGAUUUUCAUAAUAAUAUGAAUGAUGUUAUUACAUAUAAUAAAACAUAUGAUGAAAUAAAUAAUAUGAACAUAAAUCAUAAUAUAAGAUUCAAAUUUAAAAACGAAAUAAUUUUUAUUUAUAAUUGUUUAAAAAGUUCUUUAGUUUCUCUUAUAAAACUCGAUUUGAAGGAUAAGUAUAUAUAUGAAUGGUUAAAUAGGAAUAUAUGUUUAUUUCAAUUUCCUGAUAAUUAUGUAGAUAAAAAUAAGGAUCAAUAUUCAGAAUACAUCCAAGCAGGAGGACUUCAAAAUAAAAGAAAUGAAGAAAUAAGCAAUACAGAAAUGAAUGAUUAUAAUAUGAAUAAAUAUAUAAACGUUAAUAAUGAUGAUGAAAGUCAAUAUGAUAAUAUGAAGAAUUAUGUGGAGGAAAAUGUUUUAUCAGAUGAUAAUGAGGAGAAGAUGAAUGUAAAUGAUGUAGAGCCAGAAAAAAAGAGGAAAGACAAAAAAGAAGAAAAUAAAGAUGAUGUUAUAAUAAUAAAUUAUGGAGACGAAUUAUAUGUGGAUAAUUCAUUGUAUAAUAAUCAAAAAAUAAAGAAAGAAAACGAAAUAUUAGCUGAACAAAAUAAAUGUGAAGAAUAUGAUAAGAAUGGAUAUAUUAAUAGUGCUUAUAAGGAUGAUAUUAUGCUUGAAUCAUUAUAUGAUAGUAAAAAGGAUACGAUCAAAUGGUAUGACAAAGAUGAAGAGUAUAAAAAAAAUAAUAAAUAUAUUGACAAUAUGGAUGAUGACCAUAAUAAUAAUAAUAAUAAUAAUAAUAAAAUGAAUGAAUCGGAUGUAUGCUUAGAUGUUUUAGCCCUAAGCAAAUUUACCAAACAAUAUAGUAAUGAAAUGAAAAAGAAAUUAAUAGAUAAUGUUGAAAAGAGUUUAGAAUACUCUUUAAAAAUAUUUCAAAAUAUAUAUAAUAAGAAAAAAGGAGAUUUACCAGUAUAUAUAAACAUGAAUGAUAUAUAUAUAAUAAAAGACAAAUAUAUUGUAUCAUUAUAUGAUGAAGAAACAAAAACAUUUUAUAAAAAAAAUAAAAAUAUUGAAUUUAGAAAUAUUAUUAUGCCUAAACAAUUAUCAAUUUUUAUAAAUUAUUUAGGAAGAAAUAUAUAUUUAAUAGAUAAGAAUAAAUUAAAUAAAAUUUUUUUGUUAGCUAUUCAAUAUAUUAAUAUAACCAAAUUUAAUUACUUUACAUCUAACGAUAUAAUACAUUUCUUACAGGGACUUUUAAAUUAUUACAGUGUACAGAAUGAUAACAAAGUUGUAAAUAUAUAUAAUAAUAAAAAUGAUAUUAAUGAUAAUAGUAAUAAUUAUACUAGUAAUAAUAAAAUUAUUAAUGAUUAUAUAAACGAACUCAUAAUAAAUUUAUGUUACAUUGCUGAAGACACAUUUUUAAAAUGGAAAUUGGCUAAUGUAUGUCAACUUGUUUAUCUUCUCACCAAAUUUAAACAUAUACAUAAAAAUAUUUUUAAUAAGUUUGACGAAUUUUUAAAUACUAUACAAUUUCCACAGUAUGUUUAUCAAAAAGAAAAAUCUUAUAUUCGAAAUAAUUCUACCGAAAUAAAUGAUCACAAGGAAAAAAAUACAUAUGAUACAUAUGAUAUGAAUCAUACAUGUGAAGAAAUGUUAUCCAUAAAUCAGAAUAAUAAUAAUAAUAAUAAUAAUAAUAAUAAUAAUAAUAAUAAUAAUAAUAAUAAUAAUAAUGAUAAUAAUAAUGAUAAUAAUAGUAAUAUUAUAAAAACAUCUUAUUCGAAUAAUUAUACAAAUGAAAAAAAUAAUGUAGUACAUAAUAAAAAAAAUAAUAUAUAUAUAAACGAAUUUAAAUAUGAUAAUUUAGGUUCAGCAUUGUGGGCACUUUCUUCACUUAAUAAAAACAUUUUGAAGAAAAAAUAUUAUUUGAAAUUUUCUUAUUUGUUUUCCAUAUAUUUUUCUUUACAUAUGAAAUUUUUUUUACAAUACAAAUUAGGUGAACAACAAAACAGAAAAUGUACUUAUUUAAAUUAUAGUAAUAAAAAUUCUCAUAAUAAAUAUAACGAUGAUAUUUCAUUUUUUAAACAUAAUAUGAACUACUUUAAACAUGUUUUAGAUUCUAUGACCAUAAGUAUAUAUAUAAAUACGUAUAUUAGGAAAAUUAAAAAAGGGUUCUAUUUCUUAUAUGAUGUUAUUUAUAAUAAUGUCGAAAUUAUUGAUAUCUUUUCCUUGAAGGAGCUCUCAUAUGUGUUGUACUCUUUAAGUACUAUAAAUAAAAAUGAAAUAAAUAAUACUGUUUAUCGAGGAGAGAUGGGAAAAACAGAGAAAAAUGGGUUAUUGAAUCGUGAGGAAAAAUUAAACGAAUUAAAUCAAUCAAACGAAUUAAGCGAAUCAAACGAGUCAAACAAAUUAAGCGAAUCAAACGAGUCAAACAAAUUAAGCGAAUCAAACGAGUCAAACAAAUUAAGCGAAUCAAACGAGUCAAACAAAUUAAGCGAAUCAAACGAGUCAAACAAAUUAAGCGAAUCAAACGAAUCAAACGAAUUAAGAGAAUCAAAUAAAUUAAGCGAUUCAAACGAAUCGAAUCAAUCGAACCAAUCGAACCAAUCAAAUAUAUCAAAUAUAUCAAAUAUAUCAAAUAUUUCCAAUGAAGCAGAUAAAUUAGGGUUUCAAAAAAACAAUAUUGAUAAUGAAGAAAAUAAAAGCGAAGAAGAUUUCUUUUUUACUUUUUUAAAAUCAAACAUUUCAUUAUGUGUUGAUGAUUUGGAUUAUUUAUACAAUCUAGAUUAUAUAAAAGACGAGGAAAUGAGUAAUCCAAUAAAAACCCUCAAUGACAUAAAUGAAACCAUUGAUAAGCAUGAUGAUAUUAAAAAUAACGAGGUUGAAAAGAGUUCAUCAUCCUUUACCCUUCCUAAAAGUUCUGAUAUACUGAAUGAUGAUAAUAAGAAAACUAAUAAAGAGAAGAAAGGAAUUGUUAUAAAGAAAGAUAAGUUUUUAAUAUUUAAAAAUGAGAGGAUACAUUUAUCAAACGAAUUUUUAAAUAAAUUAUUAACGAAAAUAAAUGAAUAUACAAAAUUAAUUCUUAAUGAAAAAAAAAAUAAGGAAAAAUCUUUUAUAAAUGAUAAUCAUAAUGUAAGUAAUGCAAGUAAAAAAAAUAGAAUGGAGAUUAUUGAUUUAAUAAAAUUAAUAUAUAGCUUUUUUAUUUUAUUAAAUCAAAAAGUACAAAUAAACCAAGCACAAACUAUAAAUUUUGUACAAGUAGAAAAACUUAUUUUCCAAUAUAAUAUGGUAGUUAAAAAAUUCUUGCAUUCUUUUAAUUAUAUAUAUCAUAUAAUUGAUACCUAUUCUUUGAUAAGUAACAUAUAUGUGCUGGACGACUUUACAAAAAAUAUCAUACGGGAGUUUGUACAAAUAUGCAUAAAAAAACUUGAGGAAGAAAAAAUAUUAGACAUGGAAAAAAAAAAAAUAACCUUAAGUAUACAAAAUUUAAAGGUUACUAAUUAA